ACGCUGCAACAAGAGUGAUGCGCGCUUUAACAUGCUUGGUGCUGCUGGUGUUUCUUAUUCACGCUUGUGUCAGCUUAAACAAUGGUCAGCAAAUUGAGGAAAAUGAUAACGUCAAUUUCACCGGAACAGUGGACGAGGACCUAUCUUACUCACUUGAACUACUGACAACAGAUGACGAAAAAACUGAGAUCUCUGAGGAUUCGACGGACACACCUGAAAUUUCUAAAACAUCCAUUCCGCACCCACCGAUUUUAUGCGACGGGAUCAAGAAUAAUGCCACUUCACGAGAAAGCCGAGUUUUGGGCGGCACUGCAGCUACCUCGGGUCAAUUUGGCUACUACAUGUACAUUGUGGGCACUCCGGCCACUGGCAGUGCAAUUCAGUGCGGAGGAGCUUUACUGUCCGAAAUUUGGGUUGUCACGGCGGCCCAAUGCGUUGCAACGGCGGCCAGUGUCACGGUUUACGGUGGCUUAAUCACCACUCCAGGUAUGACGGACGUCGGAGUCGGCGCUAGCAUUAUUGUCUAUCCAGCUUACAAGAGGAAUUUCGUCAUUAACGACAUAGCCCUGCUGAGGCUUCUCUCCCCAUUGACCCUUUCUGCAACGAUUGCAACCAUCAGAAUUUCCACCAAAGAUACUUCAUCAGGACUGCUGGACAACGUGUCUGUUCGAACCAUGGGAAUGGGCCCGGCUGACGACACCACGACACUGCCGACGACACCGGCGUUAAACUAUAUUGACUUGGUGAACAUAAGAAAAUCAACUUGUCUCAUUCAAACGGCAGAAACGUACGUCGCCUACCCAAAAAACACUGGCUGCCUCAGUACGUCGACCGCAACAAAAGGGUUCUGUUAUGCAGACAAAGGGGGUCCAGUUGUGUACACCUCGGACACGGACACGACAGCCAAAUUAAUUGGAAUUAAUUCACAGUACUUGGGCUGCCCUAGCUCAUAUCCUAUGUCUUUCACCAGGAUCUACCCAUAUAUCUCGUGGAUUAAGCAGCAGACCAAAAAAACGUUCACAUAAUUUUUUUUAAAUCUUCUGUUAUAAUCCGACUUGAGAAUUAUUUUAAAAUUAAUUUCAAAUGGCUUAUUUAAAUUAUUUCUGAUUGCCACAAGGGCAAAUUAGUGUAAUCAAAUUAAUUUUCAAUCGCCUAAUAUAAUUUUCUCAAACAACCUAAUCCAAAGGCUAUGUUUUUUCUACUUUGGAAUAAUGAUUUCAUAAUAAUUAUGACACGUUUGUGCGUGAAAUGAGUUUUUUUGCAACUCUGCUGGCAUUUUUGAGGUGGAAAUAUAUUAUCCCAUUUGCAGCUACAAAAAUUAUCUCCUGUUCUACACAUGAUCUUUAAUAGAUUAAUAAAUUAUUCAUAUU